AUGUCAGUCGAGUCUUCCGCCCGCCCUUCUGCCUCGCCGCUCGGUCGGAAUCGCUCCCUGUUGUCCAGAUUUCGCGUUCAGUUCGGCCAGCGGAGCCGCAACGUUCCAGACUUUUAUAUCGAACCGGAUAACCCAUGGAGAUCGUACUCGCCCGGCGAUGUCUACAAAGGCACCGUCGUGCUGACAGUGGUACGUCCGAUCCGCAUCACCCAUCUGGUGGUUUGUCUGCAUGGCUAUGUCAAGGUGUUCAAGAACGCUAUCCCCUCCGGUGAAGCGGCCCCGGACAUGGGUUUCGUGGGGACCGGGCGCGGGAGGCGUGGCUCCGAAUAUUUGGGCAAUGGGCUAGCGACUCUAUUCGAAGAUGAGAUUGUACUGUGUGGCGAAGGACGUCUCAAAGAGGGGAUUUACAAGUUCCGCUUUGAGAUGCUCUUCCCCCCUUAUGCCCUGCCCAGCAGUAUCAAUUUUGAACGAGGUGCUAUCACGUAUAUGGUCACAUCCACUUUGACGAAGCCCACGACGAUGAACCCCAUCCUAUCCUGCCGACGACGGGUCAAUCUACUCGAAAACAUCGAUAUUGCCCCCUUCCCUGCCCCCAAGGCCCGCAUCGUCACCCUCGAACCUGUCACAAAACGCGCCAAAUCGAAAGGCAAGGGCAAAUUACCGGGGCCGGAGCUGACGGCCGAUACACUCUCGCUCAGCCCGUCUGUAAACGGAAUGGCUGCCAGCGACCAUCGGCCUCCGCUCAGUCCGGCCCCGAGCGACGACGUCAGUUCGUCGGAUCGUCUGAGCAACAGUAGUCAGAGUUUCCAGAUCGCCAGCGACGUAAACGGAGCGACACCCACCGCCUCCCGGAACGGCGAGGCGCGCAGCAUUGCCCCUUCUAUCUCCGAUAAGGUCAUUACGGCCAAGAUCGAAGUGCUCCGCUCUGGUGUCUUGGCUGGGGACACUCUGCCGGUCAAGAUCACCAUUAACCACUGCAAGCAAGUAUUAAGCCCUCACGGUAUCAUCGUGACCCUCUAUCGCCAAGGCCGGAUCGACGUGCAUCCGUCGAUACCGGUUGGCUCCGCCCAGGACGGCAAGAAACCCAUCUUUGAAGACGUCUAUCCACGGUCACGGACGGGCCUUGGCGGACUAACGCUGGGCACCAGCCGCACUCAUAGUGUCUUCCGCAAAGAUCUCUCCCAGACCUUUGCGCCGCUCAUUGUCAAUCCCGCCAACAUGACCGCGGAUAUCAAGACUUCCAUCCGCAUCCCUGAAGACACAUUUCCAACCAUUACCCGCGUACCGGGAGCUAUGCUUAGCUUCCGCUACUACGUGGAGGUUGUGGCCGAUCUCCGGGGCAAAUUGAACUCCUCCGACCGAUAUCUCCCGCGUUUCCACAUGGUCAGUGGCGGCAGCACAUUCUCGCCAAGCGGCCAGGUGCUAAAUAGCCUUGAUCCCGGCGGUAGCUCCAUCACCGCCAACUGGGGUGGCAAUAUCCUGGACACAGAUCAGAUCCGACGGGAGAAGGGGGUCAUUGCCGUGGCUUUUGAGGUUGUCGUUGGCACGAGCGACUCGCGCCGGGGGAACAACAACAGCAGCAAGAAGGAGAGCGUUCCAUCCGUCGCGGGCGGAUCUAUCACCACCACGUCACAACCAACGACGCACAGCGAACCCCCGACUUCUCAGAACCUCUACGAAGACCUGGCGGCGGACCCAAGUCCGAUGCCGUCGGCGUCGACGGACGACGAAUACCCCGGCCAGGAGGAGUACGACUUUACCCCGGAUCCGUAUUGGGGCGAAUAUCCGACCGAAUAUUCCGAGCAGCACUAUCCUGAACCCGGCUCUAUGAUUCCCACCCCGGAGUUGGAAGAACCGGAGGACGAGAAAAGUCGACUGCGACGCGCCGAAGAGAUGCUGCUUCCCAGCCGCCCACCGGACGAUACGGCUCCGGGCCCAUCUCUGCCAACGGCAGCGAUGUCGAUGACCACCCAGGCCGCUGUCAAUCCCCUACCGACGGCACCGGUACUUCUGGAAGAUGACCAUCUGCACGACUACCAUCAUCUAUGUUUCCCACCACCGAGCAGUGAUCUGCGGUCCACCGCAUUGCUAGGCCCAGUCCCGAACGUUGGACCACCACAGACCGUCGCUGCAGAGCCCAGACAUACCCACAAUCUCCCUGCGGAUGAUCGUCAUGGUCCCCGGGUGAGCGAUGACAAGGAGGAACUCGAGCGGCAACGACUGAUGAUGGAAGCCAGCGCUCCAGACACAGAACCUGCGAUUGAUGCUCCGACUCUGGAAACCCCCGAGACACCGAGUGCGCCGGUUUUUUACGAGGAUGAGGACGACAUCGCUGGGGCUGUUGCGCCUGCCGACGAAACGCUGCCUCGCUACCAGCGAUGA